AGGCGGGAGCAUCAAAGUACCCAAACAAUCAAAGUUCCGCUCAGUCUGGCGUUAGAAGUCCUGACAUUCCGGGUAGGAAACUAAAUUAUUUUUUAAAAGUCGGCGUGUUAAAGUGCGUUAAACAAACUUUUUGCACUGUUAAAACAUUAUAGUCCUCUGCUGUUGAACAGGUGUAACAAAGGUUACAGCUAGCGUCCGUCGGUAGCAGUGACAUUGACCGGUGGGGACAGUCAACCUGACGGCUGUCUGACAUGAAAACUAACGUCCUAUGACUAAUGUAAUUUCUACAUUAGGAUGAUGAGUUCAGGUCCUGCCCCCUCGGGUAAUACGAGACCAUAUUUCCGCCAUCGUCUGUAAUUAGUUGCAAAAGACCUUUGAUCAGGAAGUGUUGCGUUACUCUCAAGUAUAAUGGUCCUACUUUGCGUCAAUAUUUUAAGGAGCAGUCGCUUCUGUCCUCUUUCUGCACACCUGACACGAAACUUCUUCAACCGAGCUGGACGUCCUGUAAACAAGGCACACUGUGUGUCUCCUAACAUCAGCUGUCUCAGGACAACAAACUCUGUUUACUUCAGAGCCUCCCCUCCCUCGGGACCACCUCGCUCUUUCUGCAGUAAUGUCAGGACAGCUUGUCUCCAGAUUGGUCCCAGAACCAUUUCAUCCCCGCACUCUGGUCCUGUCCCAUGUCCCCCACAGUGGGGACACAACUUCCACACCUCCGCCCCCGUCAGGGCGCUGCCUGCUCCUCUCAUAUGGUUUUUGCUCAAACCUCUGCAGAAGCUCCUGGCUAUAGUCCUGGGCAGGAGUAUACGGAAGUGGUGGGUGGCUCUACCAGCAAACCGCCGGCAGCUCUUUCGCGAAUGGGUCCAGCAGCACCGCUGGCAUCUGUCAGUGGGGGCAGGUGUUGCCGUGGUGAUUGUACUCCUCCUUCUCCUCACCCACCUAGACGAGUCCCCACUGACGGGACGGACCCGCCUCCUGGUGUUCAGCAGAGAGAAUUACAUGGAGCUGGCAGCUUUGACUUCAGAGGCGUACAUGGAGGAGUUUGCAGAGCUGCUGGUUCCAGUCACUGACCCUCGUCACCAGGUGGUGGAGCGGGUGGUGCAACACCUGGCACAAAGGAACAAGGACAUCCCUGAAGUGUCUGAAGUCACCUGGAGUGUCCAUGUGGUGCAAAGUCCCAAUGUUAACGCCUUUGUCCUUCCUGAUGGAAAAGUGUUCAUGUUUACGGGGAUGCUGGACACUGUGGCGGAUGUUCACCAGCUCUCCAUCGUCCUGGGACACGAGAUGGCUCAUGCUAUAUUGGGGCAUUCUGCAGAACAGGCCAGUCUGUCUCACGUCGUGGACCUCCUGUCCCUUAUUCUGCUGACAGCCAUCUGGGCUGUGUGUCCUCGAGACAGCCUGGCUCUGCUGGGACAGUGGGUACAGGGCAAGCUUUCCCAGCUGAUGUUCAGCCGUCCCUUCAGUAGGAAACUGGAGGCUGAGGCCGAUCAAGUCGGAUUGCAGUUGGCUGCAAAGGCAUGUGCAGAUGUGCGAGCAGGACCCGUAUUCUGGCAGCAAAUGGAAAUCAGAGACCAGCUGACAGGAGAGCCCACCUUCCCUGAGUGGCUGUCCACACACCCGUCGCACAGGAACAGAUUCACUCAGCUGGACCGCCUCAUGCCACAGGCUCUGGAGUUGAGGGAGAGCUGUGUCUGCCCCGCUCUACCUGAAUCUGACCCUCGUGUUGUCUUCGCCAAGACCGUACGUGUGUUGCUGGAAACCUCUAAGCACCAGGGGAGAGCAGGGCCAGAAGAGGCCCGCAAGCCACACCUGCCCCACAGCCCAGUCUCACUCCCCGCCGGACUGCCUGCAGCUCUGCUCGCCCAGUCUGCCCCCCCUGCUUCUCCAAAUGUGGAACAAGAAACUAAAAGCCCAGUUCCAUCUGUAGCUUCAGAGUUAGCGGUAGCAGAGUCUGUCUCUCCUCCUGCUGAGGGGGAAGGAUCCCAGCCCAGCUGACGGGGGCGAUAAAUCCUCAAAAACCUCCAGUUUUUCACACACUGGCUUUUAGUAUGAAUGAUUGAGUGGGUGACUGAUUGGCGUAUGGGUUAGCUAAAAUAUUCAUAACUAUUUACUGCUGCUAAAGGUCUGUCUUCAUGUCUAUUAAAUUUCAGAGACCCUGCAAGCACAGAUUGUAAAGGGGUUUCCAGCUACCAUCACAGGGAGAGAGGGUUUUCUUUACACUAGAGCCUCCUUCUGGUUGCCAGGACAAAGGAGGGUGGAGCUGGGGGCGGUGCUGUGGAAAAGAAGUGGCAUUGGAGUAAAUUGGUUGAAAAAAGUCAGCAAAAAAAAAAGUAGAAAUAGCAAAAAAAAUUCAAGGCCCAUCCUAACCUUUCCCUCCACUGCAACACCCUCCUGACUGAGCUUCAGAGAAUGUUUUUCAUGCUCAGUGACUACAAAGAUGCCACAUUAAUUAGAUAACCCUCGAACGGGCAAAUGCUGAACGCGUCUUAGUAAGACUUCCAUACAUCGGCAGAUUAAUAUGUGCAUUAUUCAUCAACACACGGCAACAGACGAGAGUAAGCACUUUGUGUGUGCAUGUCGGAGGCUUGGUCCAUGGCGGGCAGAGGACAUCUACAUUCUAAUUAUGACUACUGCAUUCUCAUGCCACACACACAGCACUUUAUGCUUUCUCCACCCUGAGGGACUUAAUGGUGUAAAUUUAUGCCGGGUUGUUUGCAGGUUUUAAAACACAGCCUCCUGCACAGGAAUGCCAAUAUCCACCGUCAAGCUUUGAGAAAUCUUUCAUGGGAUUUUGUAAAAUCUUAUUUAACAAGGCAAGUUGACUGAGAAAACAUUCUUAUUUACAACAACAGCCUGCGGGAGCAGCCACACAAUGGAGAGGGGAGAGCAGUUAUGGUUCGUAUCCCGCUAAUCUUCAGCGUGUGUGUGCUGAAACAAAAUAGCACACUUGGUUAAACUGUGAAAUCAAAAAAGUACUACUGUUUUUUCAUAUGGGAUAAAUAAUUUUUAGUGGCGUCAUGCAUUUUAGGUUCAGGGUCUGUAUCAGCUUACCAAACAUCAGACAGCAGUCCUUAAAUGUGCAGUGGAAGCUUUGUUUUUACUGCUAACAGAGUGGGACAGUAUUAGAGUCUGUAUCUGUAUUAGAAUAAGUGGCCUUUGAUAGGGUUUGCACAAGAAUGUGAAAUGAGAAGCCAAGGGAAUAUUGCUUGUUGCAUAUCAAUAACUCAGCAGGAUCAUCCUCUGUUUGCAAGUGGCAAGCAAAAAAAAUAAAAACUAUACAUGAAAAAAGUGCACUUUGGGCUUUUUUUUUCCACUACAAGAUCCAAUGAUGUACAUUUAUCAACAGCAGGAUAAUGAGGAUAACGGAAACACAAUGUAAUAUGUACUGCUUGUUAGAAUCAGUGAAUCAGUCAAUCAGACUUUAUUGGUAUCGCACUUUUCUUAUAAAAUAAAG